UGAGUCCCGGGGAAGCUGUGUGUCUGUUGUGAGCUUCCCCACAGAGGACCAUCCUUCUCCUAAACGGCAGAUGAAGAGUGGAGCUUUGCGACCUGUGAUGCUGUUGUGAUCCACCCUGACUGCUCUGCGGGUCACUUGAGGCAGGGAGGGCGGCAGCUGUGGUGGCUGGACGGCCGCGUCCAGCCGGUGCUCAGGAGGCUCCUCCGAGCUGGACGCCCACGUGGGAGCCGAGAGCGGUGUUGAGAUGCCGCGCCAGUUCCCCGAGCUGAGCAUCUCCGAGGUGGACGAGCAGGUCUGGCUCCCGGCCGAGAAGGUGUUCGCUAAAGUGCUCGGAGAAGAGGACAGCAACGACGCCCUGUCCCCCUUCGCCGUGCCUGGGGGCUGCCCCAUGGGGCAGAAGGAGGCCAAGGAGAGGGAGCUGCAGAAGGAGCUGGCAGAGCAGAAGUCUGUGGAGACUGCGGAAAGAAAGAAAAGUUUUAAGAUGAUCCGGUCCCAGUCCCUGUCUCUGCAAAUGCCAAUGCAGCAAGUUUGGAAGGGACUCCCGACAGCCCGCCCAGCCACGUCUGCUGCAGCUCCUGUGCUCCCCGGAGCCCCUCCCCAGCCUGCACCCACGCCCUAUGCCAUGCCCGAGUUCCAGCGGGUCACCAUCAGCGGAUACUACUGUGCCGGGAUAAGGCGUCUCUGCGGGGGCUGUAUCACCGUGGAGGACUAUGAGCAGGCUGCCAAGAGCCUGGCCAAGGCCCUGAUGAUCCGGGAGAAGUAGGCCCGGCUCGCCUAUCACCGCUUCCCACGCACCACGGCCCAGCACCUGGGUCAUUGGCGGACAGACGCUGCACCUCUGGAAGAGGGCCUCCCAGACUUCCACCCUCCCCCAGUACCCCAGGAAGACCCUUACUGCCUGGAUAAUGCUCCCCGCAACCUGGGCUUCCUGGUCUGCAUGCAGGGGGGCAUCCUCUACGUGUACGAUAACACGAAGAUGCUGGAGCGCCAGGAGCCCCACAGCCUGCCCUACCCGGACCUGGAGACGUACACGGUGGACGUGAGCCACGUCCUGGCUCUCAUCACCCAUGGCCCCACGAAAACGUACUGUCACCGACGACUGAACUUUCUGGAAUCCAAGUUCAGCCUUCACGAAAUGCUAAAUGAAAUGGCCGAGUUCAAAGAGUUGAAGAGCAACCCUCACCGAGACUUCUAUAACGUGAGAAAGGUGCUCAGACAGCUGGGUGCCUCAGUCAUUAGGUCAGCUCCUCUCUGCCCUGCCCGAAGGAACCCUACAACGCCCAGAUGGGUGUCCAGGAAAACUCCUUGCCCAGCCCUGCGCAGCCCUGCCCUCUGCCCACGUGCACGCUCUGGGCCUGACUGCUUCCUGCUGCCUGCGCCUGACUGCACUGGCUCCACACGGCUUCUAAGGCAGGGCCCCAGUGGGUAUUUGUGCUGUCUGGCCACCAUGAGGGCGAGAGUCCUAGGGGCCAGGGGGCGAGGGGGCUGUGGUUACAUCCCAGAGCCCAUCCUCACGUUCCCUGUCAGUCUGGGGGUUCAUGUGCUCUCUGGACAGAGGCCUGGAGGGGUCAUGUGUGUGGUGGCUGCAGAACAGUGUGGUGAUCUGGCUGGUGUCUCUUCUCUCCAGGGUCAGCAGACGUUCCACCGCUUUGACAAGUUCAACUCCAAAUACAACCCUGGGGGGGUCAGUGAGCUCCGAGACCUGUAUUUGAAAACUGAAAACUACCUGGGAGGAGAGUACUUUGCUCAGACGGUCAAGGAGGUGGCCCAGGAGCUGGAGGAGAGCAAGUACCAGUACUCAGAGCCACGGCUCUCCAUCUACGGCUGCAGUCCUGAGGAGUGGCCCAACCUGGCCCGCUGGUUCAUCCAGCACAAGGUCUACUCACCCAACAUGCGCUGGAUCAUCCAGGUGCCCCGGAUCUAUGACAUAUUUAGGUCAAAGAAGCUGCUGCCAAGCUUUGGGAAGAUGCUUGAGAACAUCUUCCUGCCCCUUUUUGAAGCCACCAUUAAUCCUCAAGAUCACUGAGAGCUUCAUCUCUUCCUCAGAUAUGUGACAGGGUUUGACAGCGUGGAUGAUGAGUCCAAGCACAGCAAUCACACGUUCUCAGACAAGAGCCCCAGACGGGACGUCUGGACCAGCGAACAGAACCCGCCCUACAGCUACUACCUGUACUACAUGUAUGCCAACAUCAUGGUGCUCAACUACCUCCGCAGGGAACGGGGCCUGAGCAUGUUCCUGUUCCGGCCUCACUGUGGGGAGGCUGGCUCCAUCACUCACUUGGUAUCUGCUUUCCUGACUGCCGACAACGCUUCCCAUGGGCUGCUCCUCGAGAAGAGUCCGGUGUUGCAGUAUCUCUACUACCUUGCUCAGAUCCCCAUUGCCAUGUCUCCUCUUAGCAACAACAGCCUGUUCCUCGAAUAUUCCAAAAGCCCUCUGAGGGAAUUCCUGCAUAAGGGACUGCAUGUUUCUCUCUCCACCGAUGACCCCAUGCAGUUCCACUACACGAAGGAAGCACUUAUGGAAGAAUAUGCAAUUGCGUCUCAAGUGUGGAAGCUGAGCACGUGUGACCUGUGUGAGAUCGCCAGGAACAGUGUGCUGCAGAGCGGCCUCUCACAUCAGGAAAAGCAAAAAUUGAGACAAAAUUAUUAUAAAGAGGGACCUGAAGGAAAUGAUAUUCGAAAGACAAAUGUUGCUCAGAUCCGGAUGGCGUUCCGAUAUGAGACCUUAUGCAAUGAGCUCAGCUUCCUGUCUGACGCCAUGAAAUCAGAAGAGAUCACAGCCCUGACCAAGUAGUCGAGUACUGGACAUGCAUUUUAACUUUCUGGUUUAAUUUCAAAUCUGCUGUGAUUAACAGUGUUCAAGAUACCAAACUAUCCUCCAUGGAGAGGAAGCCUGUGAAGAACUUUCAAACUAGUGAUUUUUUGUUGCACUGUUCACUUUAAGGUCUAACAUGUUCACUUCUGUUAAUAUUUUUGAGUAAUAGAUGGUGAAUCCUCCUUGGGGAUGUGGGAGCUGGACACUUGUCUGUACUCAUUCCUAAUUUUCCAAAUGUUUCUCUUGAAGGUGCUAAUGCUUGCAUUGUUGGGGCCAGGAUCUUACAUGGUCCAGUGCCCACUGACAGAUGAGGGCUGUGUGGUUUUCUGCCACGGUCCUCUCUGUAGCCCCUGCAGACUAGUUGUUAUUUGUUCAUUUCAGCCUCUGUUGGGCUGGCUGCCUUAAAAUCUAUUUCAAAGCUCCCUUUCAUAAAGGAGCUACUUCAAGAGAAUUAGAAAACUUCCUUUGUUGCGUUUUUUUUUUUUAAUGAAUUUUUAAAACUUUUAUUUAGCCUUUCUCCCUUUCUAUUUAGGAAACCAAAUAUUCACAUCACAACCAUCACUCCUAUUUUGGAUCUUGGUUUCCUUAUCUGAAAGGUGAGAGUUUGCACUAGAUAAGUGAUUUUCAGGUGGUCGUCUGUGAGUUCCCCUCCUGGACCACUUCAAGGCAGGGGUGGGCAGGGGGGAGUGAGGUUCUAGGGUGCUGCUUUUACUUCUUCAAGGUGACUCUGCUUUCAUCAGUUUUACAUUGGGACUUCUGUGUAUUUACAUUUGAACUAAGGACUGUGAAAAGCACAGGACUAGAUGACCUCUGUUCCUUUUGGCUUUAAUAUUCUAUAAUUGUAGCCCAAUUAUCAUUUUACUAAUGAAGAGUGAGUUAGGGCCACAGAAGUAAAGUUUGCUUAAGGUCACACAGCUCUAAUAAGUUAUAGGACUAGAACUAGGUUUCCCUCAUCCUAAUCCAGUCCUUUCCCCACUAUUCCAUCAGACCUCACAAAUUUAGAUUUUUUUUUUUUUUUGGUCACUGUAACCUGGUGCAUUUUUUUCCCCCAAGGUGAAAUCUCACCUUUACCUAAUAUGCAGACUUCUUCAGAAGAUAUAAGUGGUCCCUGGGGG